AUGGCGAUCAAGCGUAUUCUCUUGGCGAUCUUCCUUACUAGCGUAGCUUACGUUCGCUGCGAUGAACUGAGAUUUCUGGUGGUGGGUGAUUGGGGCGGCAUGCCUUGGUUCCCGUAUACUACUCCUUACGAGACCGCCGUUAGCAUUGCUAUGGGAAAAGUCGCACAGGAACUGGGAACACAGUUUACCGUCGCUCUUGGUAAGAAAAAAAUUCAUUGCUUUCCAGAUCAAUUUUGAAGGGUGUUGCAAACUUAAGUCUUUAAGGUUUAAGUUAAAGAUAUUACGAUUAUGCCCAUGAUAUUUUCACUAACUUGUAGCUUGUUCCGGGCGCUCAGAAGGUUAUUAAACGGCGGCGAGUUCGUAAUAGAACUCGUAGAGCUACCUUGAGUCUUGCUUCAUUUUGCGUUAUUCUUUCUAUACUAUCGCAAAGCUAUUUGCUAAAUGAUCGUCUUCAACAGGCUGUGAUUACGCUUGCUUAUUUUAAAUUAAACUUGAUUCGAAACGAGAUAUGAUGUCAGACUCUAUUACGCAAUGUAGGCCAAAUCAUUUUUUAUUAACUGACAACAAUAUCGCAUCAGACUGAUUAACUCGGAAUGAAAAAUAAAGUUCAGAAAUUUGUCCUCUGCGCGAUAGAGAAUUCUUUGAAAACGACAUUUGAUUUUAAAACUCAAAUAUCUCCUUUCCACUGCCUAGGCUUUUUCAAAUUCUCUUUUCUCAAGAGUUAUAAUGGGAUUCCAUGAGUGUGAAGCCCCACAAAAGCUGAUGAUUGAUACAUUUUAUUUCUUCAAAAGCAAGAUUUUGCUUGUCUAAAGAAAAUGUCUUUCGAAGAUCCAGCAAAAUAGUGAAUUUAAAUCCACUCUUAGCGCCCCAGCUGAAGAGAGAAACUUUUGAAUAAUGAGGAUCAAAAUACACCAGUUAUUAGUUUCGAAACGCUUAGUUAAUACACACUUUAUUGUCGUUUUUGUUCUGGUUCGUUUUUAAUCAAUAAGUCUUUCGCUAGUUAAUGAUUAUUACCCAACAAGUUUGUUAUCUCCGAUCAAUUCCCAUUUAAGUACACGUAUAAAGAUUCUAUUUCAAUCAUCGCUACUAAAUCAUCGCUGCUAAAUCGUCGUUGCCAGAUAAUCGCUACAAGCUAUUUGCUACCGUUAGGAGCUAGACCAAAGUCAGUCUAUAUUUCCUUUACAUUUACGUUGUUUACCUUUUGUAUGUAUUAUUGGUGUAGUUCUCGUAUUCAGUUUUCCGUGCAAUCGCUUCAUUUUUAGUUAGGUUAACCUUACGUUUCGCAACGCAUUCUUCUUAGUUUAGUUUCUGUUGUAUUUUCUUUUAGUUCGAACCACACACACACGUAACCUCAACCACUAUUCUCAUCAAGCAAAAUUACGUCUUAGCGCCAUCAUCUAAAAUGAAUAGAGAUCACUGUGUGCGUUCGUAUUGUAUGCUCAGUCACAUAGGUAACCUUUUGAGGUUACGCUUAGCCUAGUAACUCACUAAUAACAUCAAACCAAUGUGCUAGAAACGGCGACACGAAAAUUUUCGAGCUCGUCGCCUGACAAAGUCUAGCAGCAUAGUAUUCGAAACGUCGCAAUCAAUACACGAUUGAUUAGCCUGAAUCUUACAUAGUGAAACAAACGCUCAUUUAUCUAUAAAACCACGAUGAACAAUAACACAUCUAUAGAAUUUCCAUUCUGCGUACUGAAACCAAUUUGAAAUCGAAAUUUUAUUUUAAUUUAUACCAAAGUCGUUUAUAAAGAGACCUCGGACAACAAUGAAAAAAUGACAUCAGAGUAAAAUUCAAAUAUUUUUUCCUGAACCUUAUGGUCACAAUGACAAGUUCAUUAUGUCCUGAUCAACUUCAAUUGCUACGUUUUUACGAAUUUUUUUUUGCUCUCGUGUCAAUGCAUGGACUAUACCCAAAAUAUAAAGGAAAGGAAAGGCCAUUUCAGUUGUUAUUGUUUUUGUAAGGAAAGCAUUUCCUCCAAACAGUUGCUAGAAUGGAGUUAUUCAUCGCCUGAGGUGGUUGGAGUCGAAGGUAGGGUCGAAGGAUUUUAGCUAUCACAUGGUUUUGAGAGUGAACUUGGGGGGGGGGGAUUGGUCAUCGCCAACAGGGUAUAAGGAAGAAGGGAAACCAUAGAAAUAAUUAAUAGGCCACCAAAGUCUUCCGACCUCAAUUCCUUAGUUUAAUACCCUCUGUUCCCUUUACCACCUCAUUAUUUUUUAUUUUAUUUUAUUUUAUUUUUCAGGUGAUAAUUUUUAUAUUACGGGGGUGAAAAACGUGGAUGAUGAAAGAUUUAAAGAAACAUUUGAGGACGUGUUCACUGCCGAAUCACUGAUGACCCCGUGGUUCUUUUGCGCCGGAAAUCACGAUCACUAUGGCAACGCAUCUGCUCAGAUUGCCUACAGUUCAAGGUCCGAACGCUGGAAUUUUCCAGACUUUUAUUACACUAAAUCCUGGAAGAUUCCUGGUAAGUCAGUGGUUCGUUACUGAGACGGAGGGUGGGGUUUAGGAAUCAUGCAGAAGGUGGACUAAGGGGAGAGGUGUUGAAUUAACAGCGGGGAAGUAAACUUACGAGGACUGAGAGUCAAACUGAGAGUUGAGGGAUGAAACAAAUGAAUGAGGCAACGAGGAAGCAAGAAAACGAGGAAACGAGAGAAAGAGGGAAAAGGGAACGAGGGAAGAAGAGAACAAGAGAACGAGGGAUCGAGGAACGAGAGAACGAGGGAACGAGAGAAAGAGAGAAAGAGGGGACGAGGGAACGAGGAAGGAAGAGGACAAGAGAACGAGGAUCGAGGAACGAGGGAACGAGGGAACGAGGGAACGAGGGAACGAGGGAACGAGGGAACGAGGGAACGAGGGAACGAGGGAACGAGGGAACGAGGGAACGAGGGAACGAGGGAACGAGGGAACGAGGGAACGAGGGAACGAGGGAACGAGGGAACGAGGGAACGAGGGAACGAGGGAACGAGGGAACGAGGGAACGAGGGAACGAGGGAACGAGGGAACGAGGGAACGAGGGAACGAGGGAACGAGGGAACGAGGGAACGAGGAAUCCGAGUGAACCGAGUGAACCGAGUGAACCGAGGGAGUGGGGAAACAAAGGAUCCACAGAAAAAAAUGGAGGCGUGCCUAGAAGAUGGGACGGAGGGAAGAAUGAAUAGAUAACUGGAUGGAUGGAUGAUCUUUCUUUUCCCUUUUGGUUUGGUCAUUAAUUUUUUUGUUUUCAUUUUUUAAGGCUCUGAUUUGGAAUUGCAGUUGGUUCUUAUAGACACGGUUCUGCUCUGCGGUAAUACUGGACAUGAUCACACCCAUACUCAACCUGAAGGUAUCAUGACCUCUUUAUGAUAGUAUUCUUUCUUUCUUUUCUCCCAAAAAAUCAACUACAAGAUUAAAAAUACUUUGAUUGCAAAAGUCCGAGCCACAUUGUGGAAUUAGGUCCACAUACUUAGCCUCUCAUAAAGUGAGCGAUCUAAAUUCAGUUCCACCGGUAAAAUACCUUAGGUGCCAUUUCCGAAAUUUUUACACUAAUAACUGGCAGGAGGAGUUAAUCUCUGCGCUUCUCUCUGGGCAUUUCCUAUGGUGUCGAAAGGGAGAAUCUGUUUUACAAUCAAGAGCUUCCUACGUUGGCGAUCAUUUUUUUUAUUCCCAUGACCCUGAUGUUUGUUUUGGUUUAGCAGUUAUUUUGCAAGGAGAAGUUAGAUCGUGGUUACACUUAGUGGUUUGGAGGGUUAUAGGGCCUGCGUAAAUCACAACUCUCCCGAUCUCCUGGUGUUGCUUUCUUGACUUAACCUGUGUCUCAGCGCGUCCUCAUCGACAUAUCUCCGCUAAAAUGGCAAACAGCUUGAGUGACCAAGGAAAACAGAAUAAACCAACAAACAAAAACACGAAUCCACUUUUAGAAAUGGACUUGCGCUCGGCUCCCCCAUUCCAUGUUGUUCAAUCGCAAAUAGCAAACUACAACAAUUGACUUGGAGAGGGGUAUUAAGGAUAAAAUUGUUAAGCUAUUCCAGAUCAUUACCAUUUCAAUGAUAAUAUAUCUGACUGAUUGGCCCUGACAACAGAUCAACCAAUUUAUGCUUCUAAUGUUGUAUUCAAGAAAAUUUUCUUUCUUUUGCGCUUUCAAUAUUUCUCUCGCCCAUAAAUUUCAGGGCCCGAAUCUAUUGAAGUUGCCGAGGCACAAUGGGAUUGGUUGGAAUCUACCCUUCGUUCGUCCACAGCACAUUAUCUGAUCGUUGGAGGCCAUUUCCCAGUCUGGUCUAUAGCUGAGCACGGACCAACCCAAUGUUUAGUUGAUCGACUAAGACCUUUGUUGGAGAAAUAUCACGUGACUGCUUAUAUCAGUGGACAUGAUCAUAACCUGCAGGUAAUAGGCAUAUUUCUUUAAAAAUUGAAUAUAAACUUUUGUGAUGGUCACUCGAGUAGUUCUGCUUAGGUUAACCAAUACACUCUUGAGUUAUUCCCUAUAUUCCACACUGCUUUGCUUGCUGUAAUCAGAACACACUUGAGAUGACGGGAGAACACUAAAUAAGGCAUGUGAAUCACUGACCACGACUAAGGUUUUAAAGAACUUUCCCAUAUUAUUCUUAUACCUGUCUGCGUUUUUGCAAUGGUAAACUAAUAAGGUUUACGAAGUCGGCCCUUGUUUCUCCUCCAUAAUAUCUCCUCUCUCCUUAAUGUUGUCAUCUCUCCCAGCCCUCUUUGUUCUCAACAUUAAAAAUGACAUCGCAAUCACUUUUACCAUUUUGAAAGCCAUCUCCUCCAUCAUCAUCAUCAUCAUCAUCAUCAUCAUCAUCACCAUCAUCAUCAUCAUCAUCAUCAUCAUUAUCAUCACCAUCAUAAUUGGCUCUGUAGUCGUUUUCAGUUGCAACAUCAGAACGCAAGCCGACGAAAUGCUGCCAUCAUGUGAUAAACUUCAUUAUUUUCUAUGUUUCUUUCACGUCAUUGGAUUUACCUUUAAUUCUAUCGAUUGCCUUUAGCACUUGAAAGAAGCGGACUCCUCGGUCAAUUAUUUUGUAAUUGGAGCUGGCGCAAAAAUAGACAACAAUACCAGCCACAGCAACAAAGUUCCCAAAGAUAGUUCGUUGUUUUUCUGGGCUGACUACAGCAAGGCAGGAGGAUUUGCUAUGGUGCACAUGGCGGUGGAUAGCACUACACUAGAGAUGUUGGAUUCCCAUGGAUCCUCUGUCUAUAAAGCUCAGCUCAACCCUCGUCAUUCAGUAGCUUAGUUAUUACGCUCCGCUCUGUACCCUUUUUCCUGUCAGUUCGUUUCACGCAAAUUAUUUUGUGUCUCGCAAUGUUUGUUUAAAUCAAAGCGUCGCAGUACCUUAUCUGUUUGGUUUAUGAGUUAAAUAGGUUUUUUGUGUGUGUUGUCGUGGAAAUCUACGACUUGAGGUUUUCUACUUUAACUAUUUUUCUACUUUAACCCAAUUUUAGAAAUGAAAAUCUCUUGAUCAGUUUAAAAUUUCCCAACUUCAAUACCAAGCCUUCUCUUCUAUACGCGCUCCGUUGGGCGGAAUGAAGAGAGACAUGGUGACGAGCU